CAUGAGUCUCAAUAUUAGAAUCUCAACCCCCAAUAAAUAUGAGACUGGGGAUGCCUGAGGCUCAGUCUGUCCUCGAGCCCACCAAGAACGAAAGAGAGCUCCAUCUGCCCUCCAGGAACUCAGCUAUGAACUCGCUCUCCACAAGCGCCUUCAGUCCAGUUGCCUUCUCCCUGGGGCUGCUCCUGGUGAUGGCUACUGCUUUCCCUACCCCGGUACCCCUGGGAGAAGAUUUCAAAGAUGGUACCACCUCAAACAGACCAUUCACCUCUCCAGACAAAACUGAAGAACUUAUUAAGUACAUCCUCGGCAGAAUCUCUGCAAUGAGAAAGGAGAUGUGUGAAAAGUAUGACAAGUGUGAAAACAGCAAGGAGGCACUGUCAGAAAACAACCUGAACCUUCCGAAAAUGACAGAAAAAGACGGAUGCUUCCAAUCUGGGUUCAAUCAGGAGACCUGCCUGAUGAGAAUCACCAUUGGUCUUCUGGAGUUUCAGAUAUACCUGGACUACCUCCAGAACUAUUAUGAGGGUGAUAAAGGAAACACUGAGGCUGUGCAAAUCAGUACCAAAGCAUUGAUCCAGCUCCUGAGGCAAAAAGUAAAGCAACCAGAAGAAGUAAGCACCCCUAACCCAAUCACAGGCUCCAGCCUGCUGAAUAAACUGCAGACUGAGAACCAGUGGAUGAAGAAUACAAAAAUGAUCCUCAUCCUGCGAAGCCUCGAGGAUUUCCUGCAGUUCAGCCUGAGGGCUGUUCGGAUAAUGUAGCCAGGACACCUAAGAUCAUUGCAGUUCAUGGGCGUUCCCUUCUCUGGUCAGAAACCUGUCCACUGGGCACAUAACUUAUGUUGUUCUCUGUGAAGAACUAAAAGUAUGAGCGUUAGGACACUAUUUUAAUUAUUUUUAAUUUAUUGAUAUUUAAAUAUGUGAUAUUGAGUUAAUUUAUAUAAGUGAUAGAUAUUUAUAUUUUUAUGAAGUACCACUUGAAAUAUUUUAUGUAUUUGUUUUGAAAAAGUAACAUAAAAUGGUUACACGGCUUGUGGUUGACUCAGAGCUGAUCAUUUCUUUGAAUGUGUAGGCUUACCUCAAAUAAAUUGCUAACUUAUACGUAUUUUUAAAAGAAAUAUUUAUAUUGUAUUUAUAUAAUGUUUAAGUUGUUUUUAUAUCAAUAAACGCCUUUUUAAAAAAAAUUAGCAACUAA